GUUAUUCCCAGUGCCAGAGAUCGCGGAGCUGGCUCUGAGGCUCUCUCUGCUCCAACAGACAGGGGCGACUCUGGGCUGGAUAAUCGUCAAAUUCUUACCUCGCCCUUUCACUGCGGGCAGGAUCAGAUUGCAUUUCUUUCAUUACUCUUCACUUCCCAGUUUCUUGAUCUAUUUAAAAGAAGCAGCAGAAAAGAUAAAUUCUCUCUUCAGUGCCUGGAAGGGAAAACAAAAUAACCUCAACUCCGCUUUGAAAAAAAUCUUUCCAAGAACUUUCUUCAGAGAUUUUACUCAGAUGAUUUAUAUGAUGAAGAAAGAACAGAUUUUUUGGGCUUCUAUAUGUCUGCUGCUUAGUUGUGCCUCUGCCCCUCUUAAUGCUGUUCCUGAGGAAGGUGAAGAACAUGCAAACAUUACAGAUGCUGAGUUACCACCACUGAAACUUGUACAUUCAUUUUGUGCCUUGAAGGCGGACGAAGGCCCCUGCAGAGCAUUGAUCAAGAGGUUUUUUUUCAACGUUCACACUCAGCAGUGUGAAGAAUUUGUAUACGGGGGCUGUGAAGGAAAUCGGAAUCGAUUUGAAAGCCUGGAAGAGUGCAAAGAAACAUGUACAAGAGUUUAUCCAAAGAAGACUAGAAGGACCGAGUUGCGAAAAGAAAAGCCAGAUUUCUGCUUUUUGGAAGAAGAUGCUGGAAUCUGCCGAGGUUAUAUUACUAGGUAUUUCUAUAACAAUCAGUCAAAGCAGUGUGAACGUUUCAAGUAUGGGGGGUGCCUUGGCAAUCUAAACAACUUUGAAUCACUGGAAGAAUGCAAGAGCACCUGUGAGGAUACAUUGAAUGAUUUCCCGGUGGAUGAUUAUAGAACCCAGCUUAAUGCUGUGAAUAAUGACUCCUUGACUCCCCAGCCUACCAAGCUUCCCAAACUUUUGGAAUUUUAUGGCCCCUCCUGGUGUCUGACCCCAGCAGACAGAGGAUUGUGUCAAGCCAAUGAGAGCAGAUUCUACUACAAUUCAAUUAUUGGGAAAUGCCGCCCAUUUAAGUACAGUGGAUGUGGAGGGAACGAAAACAAUUUUACUUCUAAGAAGGCGUGUCUUAAGACUUGUAAAAAAGGUUUCAUCCAAAGAAUAUCGAAAGAAGGAUUAAUUAAAACCAAAAGAAAAAGAAAGAAGCCGCCAGUGAAAAUAGUAUAUGAAAAAAUUGUUGUUAAAAAGAUAUAAAUUUGUUAUAUUAUUACAACAUUAAUCCUACUAAAUAUUUUAGAUGAAGCUUCUCACUAUGAUUUUUUUCUUUCCUAAAAUCCUUUUAAAAUUGCAUGAAUUUCCAGUCAUAUAUUACCUGCUAUUAAUACAUUUGCAUCAGUGUUCCUUUUCUAAUCCAAUCAAAUUGCUUAUUCUAGGGCUAUAAUUUAUUAACUGACUACUAUGAAUUUACUUAUUCUCUUGAUCCCUAACUAUUUGCCAUUUAACUACAAAUUAUCAUACUGCUGGCCACCUCAAAUGAGUCCAUUUUUCUGUUUAGUGAUCAUCUAUUUGAGAUUAUGUUGUCACUUAUUUGUUUUGAUCAUGUAUACGACGAUCUUCUUUAUAGCCUAUGCCCAGAUUAAGAAGUACAGCUAUUAAAAAACAAGCACUUUUGGGGUUUUACAUCUAAAAUGGUGACAAGCACCUUCUUCUGACAAAGAUCACUCAAUUGUGCAUUUGGAAAGAGCUGGUAACAAUAGAAUUCUAUCACGUGCUUCCCUCCCUAGACACAUGUUCUCUCCUUUUGCACUAACCAGUAGUACCUCGAUCAAUCUUCAGCCAAACCAUAUUUGAACAAAGAACACUCAACUCUUUGUCAUGUGCCUGCCUGAUUUUGAUUGAUUUAA